CAGAUGUCCGUCUUCAACUCUUAGGAGCUUUGAACAAGCUGUGAAGGUACAAAGUGUGUGUGAACUGAUGUGGAAGUGAAAUCAGCAGCAUGGUUCAGUGUGAGGACAGAAAGGAGGGAGACCCUCCCUCUAAAACCUCUCUGUGUGGGGAAGAUGAGAGCCAGAGCAAAGGUCAGAGGAUCCAUCAAAGACUCAACCCUGAACCUGAGCCCAGCUGUGUGUCCUUUAAAAGUGAAUGGUCCAAGGAUCUUCCUGUUAAAUUUAAAGCAGCUCGGCCUUCAUCAACUGAGAGGAAUGAUCAGAGACUCAAUCCUGAACCUGAACCCAGUUGUGUAUCAUGUAAGACUGACUGGUCCAAAGAUCUUCCUGUUAAAUUUAAACCAGCCCAACAUUCAGAAACAGACAGGAUCCAUCAGAGACUUGAACCUGAAACUGAACCCAGUUGUGUGUCCUUUAAGAGUGACUGGUCCAAAGAUCUUCCUGUUAAAUUUCAACCAGACCAACCCUUAGAAACAGACAGAGUGGAUCUGCAGAGCUCAGAGGGUUUCGGUGGUCUAUCUGCACAGCAGCACCAAACACAAGUUGACUCCAUAUUUAUGCUGCUGGAGGACAACAUUGCCGCUUUUCUGAAGAACGAGUUGAAGAAGAUCCAGAAAAUGUUGAGUCCAGAUGAUCCAAAAUGCCCAGAUAGUCAGAGAGAUGAUGAGCACGCGUUGGAAGAUGAAGAUGAAGUGCAGAGAUGGGAUACAAGAGAGGCAGUGAUGAAGAUCACCCUAAAGUUCCUAAGGAGGAUGAAGCAGGAGGAGCUGGCUGACCAUCUGCAGACCAAACAUCUUGCAGUAGUUUGUAAACGCCAACUUCAAUCUGGUCUGAAGAAGAAGUUCCAUGUGUUUGAAGGAAUCACUAAAGCAGGAAGUCCAACCCUUCUGAACCAGAUCUACACAGAGCUCUUCAUCACAGAGGGAGGGACUGGAGAGGUCAAUGAUGAACAUGAGGUCAGACAGAUUGAAACAGCAUCCAGGAAACAACACAGACCAGAAACAACAAUCAGACAAGAAGACAUCUUUAAAGUCCCACCUGGAAGAGAUCAACCAAUCAGAACAGUGAUGACAAAGGGAGUGGCUGGCAUUGGGAAAACAGUCUUAACACAGAAGUUCACUCUGGACUGGGCUGAAGGCAAAGCCCACCAGAACAUCCAGUUCAUAUUUCCAUUCACAUUCAGAGAGCUGAAUCUGCUGAAAGAGAAAAAGUUCAGCUUGGUGGAACUGAUUCAUCACUUCUUUAAUGAAACCAAAGAAAUCUGCAGCUUCGAACACUUCCAGGUUCUGUUCAUCUUUGAUGGCUUGGAUGAGAGUCGACUUCCACUGGACUUCCACAACAAGGAGAUCCUGACUGAUGCUACAGAGUCCAGCUCAGUGGAUGUUCUGCUGACAAACCUCAUCAGGGGGAAACUGCUUCCCUCUGCUCUCCUCUGGAUAACCACACGACCUGCAGCAGCCAAUCAGAUCCCUGCUCAGUGUGUUGGCAUGGUGACAGAGGUCAGAGGGUUCAAUGACCCCCAGAAGGAGGAGUACUUCAGGAAGAGAUUCAGAGAGAAGAAAGAGGCCAGCAGGAUCAUCUCCCACAUGAAGACAUCAGGAAGCCUCCACAUCAUGUGCCACAUCCCCGUCUUCUGCUGGAUCACUGCUACAGUUCUGGAGGAUGUAAUGGAGACCAGAGAGGGAGGAGAGCUGCCCAGAACCCUGACUGAGAUGUACAUCCACUUCCUGGUGGUUCAGACCAAAGUGAAGAAGGUCAAGUAUGAUGGAGGAGCUGAAACAGAUCCACACUGGAGUCCAGAGAGCAGGAAGAUGAUUGAGUCUCUGGGAAAACUGGCUUUUGAUCAGCUGCAGAAAGGAAACUAUCUUCUGAAUCAGGACCUGACAGAGUGUGGCAUCGAUAUCAGAGCAGCCUCAGUGUACUCAGGAGUGUUCACACAGAUCUUUAGAGAGGAGAGAGGUCUGUACCAGGACAAGGUGUUCUGCUUCAUCCAUCUGAGUGUUCAGGAGUUUCUGGCUGCUCUUCAUGUCCAUCUGACCUUCAACAAGUUCAAUGUAAAUCUCAUGGCUGAUAAAUACAAAGCCUCCAAGAUAUCUUCAAUGUUUAAAAAGCAGCCUAAAAGGCAAAGUCUUUAUCAGAAUGCCAUUGACCAGGCCUUAAAGAGUCCAAAUGGACACCUGGACUUGUUCCUCCGUUUUCUGCUGGGACUUUCAUUGCAGACCAAUCAGAGGCUCCUACAAGGUCUGCUGAACCCAACAGGAAGUAGCUUACAGACCAAUCAUAAAACAGUUCAAUACAUCAAGAAAAAGAUCAGUGAGAAUGUGUCUGCAGAGAAAAGCAUCAAUCUGUUCCACUGUCUGAAUGAACUGAAUGAUCGUUCUCUAGUGGAGGAGAUCCAACAGUCUCUGAGUUCAGGAAGUCUCUCCACAGACAAACUGUCUCCUGCUCAGUGGUCAGCUCUGAUCUUCAUCUUACUGUCAUCAGAAAAAGAUCUGGAUGAGUUUGAUCUGAAGAAAUACUCUGCUUCAGAGGAUGUUCUUCUGAAGCUGCUGCCAGUGGUUAAAGUCUCCAACAAAGCUCUGCUGAGUGAUUGUAACCUCUCAGAGAGAAGCUGUGCAGCUCUGUCCUCAGUUCUCAGCUCCCAGUCCUCCAGUCUCAGAGAACUGGACCUGAGUAACAACAACCUGCAGGAUAAACAGCUGCAGGGUGAAGCUGACUGGAACCUCCAGGACGCAGCGACACACUGUGACUCUGGAGAACACACCAUGAGAACACACCGUGAAAAUACACCCUCCGCCUCCUUUCAAGCCGAUCACCUGAGUGUAAGUCUGUUCUUCAGAUGUUCUUCAACUCUUUGGACUAUUUCAACAAGCUGUGAAGGUAGAAAGAGCUGCAGUGGAUUCAGCAGCAUGGAUCAGUGUGAGGACAGAGAGGAGGGAGACCCUCCCUCUAAAACCUCUCUGUGUGGGGAAGAUGAGAGCCAGAGCAAAGGUCAGAGGAUCCUUCAGAGACUCGAACCAGAACAAGAACCAGAACCAGAGUCCAGCUGUUUGUCUUUUAAGAGUGACAGGUCAAAGCGUGACAUCAUUGACUUUAAAUCUGCUGGACCUCCAUCGUUAAAGAGGACCAAUCAGAAAUCCCAUCUUGAACCACCGUCUGGCCUCAUAUCAGUUGAGAACCAGAGCGUUUAUGAUCUUCAUAUUGACUUUGAAUCUUCUGGACCAUCCUCAGAGAGAAUGAAGAAUGUUACAGCUGAAAAUGAGCACACAUACCAGAAUGUGUCCUUUAAAAGCCACGUUUCAAAGAAUCUUUGGUUUGAAUUUCAACAAAAUCAACCUUCAGCAGAAGAAAGAGUGGAUCAUCAGUAUUCUGAUGAUCCCAGAACUCAAGCCACUCACAAUGAAAUGCAGCUGGACUCCAUAUUUAAGCUGCUGGAGGACAACAUUGUCACUUUUGUGAAAAAUGAGCUGAAGACAAUCCAGCGUGUUCUCAGUCCAGUUUCCAAAAUAUACCCAGACAGUCAGAUAUGUGGGUUGCUGGAAGGUGAGAAGGAACAGCUGAGGAAGAACAGCAGAGAGGCAUUUAUGAAGAUCACUCUGAAUUUCUUGAGGAUAUUGAAUCUGAAUAAUCUGGCAGACCAUCUCCAAUGCAAACAUUUUGCUACAGUUUAUGAGGAAAACAUUAAAGCUGGUCUGAAGAAGAAGUUCCAGUGUGUGUUUGAGGGAAUCAGUAAAGCAGGAAGUCCAACCCCUCUGAACCAGAUCUACACAGAGCUCUUCAUCACAGAGGGAGGGACUGGAGAGGUCAAUGAUGAACAUGAGGUCAGACAGAUUGAAACAGCAUCCAGGAAACAACACAGACCAGAAACAACAAUCAGACAAGAAGACAUCUUUAAAGUCCCACCUGGAAGAGAUCAACCAAUCAGAACAGUGAUGACAAAGGGAGUGGCUGGCAUUGGGAAAACAAUCUUAACACAGAAGUUCACUCUGGACUGGGCUGAAGGCAAAGCCCACCAGAACAUCCAGUUCAUAUUUCCAUUCACCUUCAGAGAGCUGAAUCUUCUGAAAGAGAAAAAUUUCAGCUUGGUGGAACUGAUUCAUCACUUCUUUAAUGAAACCAAAGAAAUCUGCAGCUUUGAACACUUCCAGGUUCUGUUCAUCUUUGAUGGCUUGGAUGAGAGUCGACUUCCACUGGACUUCCACAACAAGGAGAUCCUGACUGAUGCUACAGAGUCCAGCUCAGUGGAUGUUCUGCUGACAAACCUCAUCAGGGGGAAACUGCUUCCCUCUGCUCUCCUCUGGAUAACCACACGACCUGCAGCAGCCAAUCAGAUCCCUGCUCAGUGUGUUGGCAUGGUGACAGAGGUCAGAGGGUUCACUGCCCAGAAGGAGGAGUACUUCAGGAAGAGAUUCAGAGAGAAGAAAGAGGCCAGCAGGAUCAUCUCCCACAUGAAGACAUCACGAAGCCUCCACAUCAUGUGCCACAUCCCAGUCUUCUGCUGGAUCACUGCUACAGUUCUGGAGGAUGUGAUGGAGACCAGAGAGGGAGGAGAGCUGCCCAGAACCCUGACUGAGAUGUACAUCCACUUCCUGGUGGUUCAGACCAAAGUGAAGACAGUCAAGUAUGAUGGAGGAGCUGAAACAGAUCCACACUGGAGUCCAGAGAGCAGGAAGAUGAUUGAGUCUCUGGGAAAACUGGCUUUUGAUCAGCUGCAGAAAGGAAACCUGAUCUUCUAUGAAUCAGACCUGACAGAGUGUGGCAUCGAUAUCAGAGCAGCCUCAGUGUACUCAGGAGUGUUCACACAGAUCUUUAGAGAGGAGAGAGGUCUGUACCAGGACAAGGUGUUCUGCUUCAUCCAUCUGAGUGUUCAGGAGUUUCUGGCUGCUCUUCAUGUCCAUCUGACCUUCAUUAAGUCUGGGGUCAACCUGAUGGAAGAAGCACCAACAUUCUCAAAGAGGUAUACUUUUUUUCAAAUGCCAAAAUUAAAAUCUCUCCAUCAUAAAGCUGUUGAUCAGGCCUUACAGAGUCCAAAUGGACACCUGGACUUGUUCCUCCGUUUCCUCCUGGGACUCUCACUGCAGACCAAUCAGAGACUUCUUCAAGGUCUGAUGACACAGACAGGAAGUAGCUCUCAGUCCAAUCAUGAAACAGUUCAGUAUAUCAAGGAGCAGAUCAGGGUGAAUGUGUCUGCAGAGAAAAGCAUCAAUCUAUUCCACUGUCUGAAUGAACUGAAUGAUCGUUCUCUAGUGGAGGAGAUCCAACAGUCUCUGAGUUCAGGAAGUCUCUCCACAGACAAACUGUCUCCUGCUCAGUGGUCAGCUCUGGGGUUCAUCUUGGUGUCAUCAGGAGAAGAUCUGGAUGAGUUUGAUCUGAAGAAAUACUCUGCUUCAGAGGAUGUUCUUCUGAAGCUGCUGCCAGUGGUUAAAGUCUCCAACAAAGCUCUGUUGAGUGGAUGUAACCUCUCAGAGAAAAGCUGUCAAGCUUUGUCCUCAGCUCUCAGGUCCCAGUCCACGACUGUCACAAAACUGGACCUUAGUAACAACAAUCUGAAGGAUUCCGGAGUUUACCUUCUGUCACAUGGACUGGAGAGUUCAAAUCACAGCCUAAAAACCCUUAGACUGAGUUGCUGCAACCUCUCAGAGAGAAGCUGUGAAGCUCUGUCCUCAGUUCUCAGCUCCCAGUCCUCCAGUCUCACAGAACUGGACCUGAGUAACAACAACCUGCAGGAUUCAGGAGUGAAGCUUCUCUCUGCUGGACUGGAGAGUCCAAACUGCAAAAUAGAAAUUCUCAACUUGUCGGGCUGUUUGAUCACAGACGAAGGCUUUUCUCAUCUGGCGUUUGCUCUGACUAUGAACCAUUCUCAUCUGAAAGAGCUGGACCUGAGUUACAAUUGUCCAGGAGAGUUGGGAGUGAAACAGUUGUCGUUUGGACUGGAGGAUUCACAAUGGAGAUUAAACACUCUAAGAGUGGACCCUUCCGGAGUCCAGUGGUUAACACCGGAUCUGAGGAAGUAUUCUUGUCAACUCACAAUCGACUUAAACACCGUGAACAGAGAGCUCAGAUUGUCUGACAACAACAACAAGGUUACACGUGUGAAGGACCAUCAGGCUUAUCCUGAUCAUCCAGACAGAUUCGAUGUCCCUCAGCUGCUUUGUCAAACUGGUUUGACUGGUCGUUGUUACUGGGAGGUUGAGGUGAAAGGAGAAGUGGAUAUCUCUGUGAGCUAUAGAGGAAUUAGAAUUAGAGGAUACAGUGAUGCUUGUUGGUUUGGACGGAAUCACCAGUCCUGGAGUCUGUUCUGCUCUGAUAAAGGUUAUUCUGUCUGGCACAAAGCCAAAAAAACACCCAUCAUCUUUUCCUCUUCCUCCUCCCCCUCUCCACCUUCUAUGUCUAACAGAGUGGCAGUGUAUGUCGACCAUCCUGCUGGGAUUUUGUCUUUUUAUAGAGUCUCAUCUGACGCACUGAUCCACAUCCACACCUUCAACACCACAUUCACUGAACCUCUUUAUCCCGGAUUUAGAAUCUUUCCUGAUUCCUCAGUCUUUCUAUGUUGAGGUUAAAGAGUCUCUGAGAAAACAGACACACAGAAAGUAGAAUUAUUCUUGGAUGGAGACGUUCUGUUUCUGUCCGUUACACACCAAAUAUUUUCUGCCUCAGUGGUUGAGACUCUUUCACUAUAACUUUAACCAAGAGGAUUCAGUUGCACAAUUUAUUUACUCAAAAUGACUGAUCCUAUUUUAUUACACAGAAAUUAAUCAUGGACAUCUAAGACUUUCUCAUACACAUAUUUUGAAAAUGUUUCUGAUUAUAACAUGUACUUCAGUAUAUCACAGCACAAUUAAUGCAGUUAAAAGAUGCUUAAUAUUCUAUAUAGCUAUGUUGGAACAAUGGUAGAACAAUAUUGAAACAAUGGGGGGUUGCUGGUUUGAUUUCCACUCUAUGUGCCUCUCUUAUUCUUUGGAAAAGACAUUUGACCCACUUUGGCUGCUGCCAUUGCUCAGAAAGGCUGAUGACAUCAUCUUUGGGGCGCAGUGAGUCUGUAACUGCGGCUAUAAACCAGUAGCUUGCCUUCAUCAGAAUGUCAAUGUGUUCUUGAAUGACUAUGUUGCAAGUCUGGUUUUGAUUCUAAAAAAUAUGUAUGAUUUUGUAUCCCUGUAAACUGCUUCAAGAAUUUUACUGAUAUGUAUUUACCUGCAAAAACAAAGUAAGACAGAUUAGUACCAUUAAUUGGAGAAAUGAAGUGUGGAAAAAAGGGAGAAAAUUACAUUUUUGAUGUACCCAUGUUAGAGAACAGAUGUACUGAAUUAAAAAAUAUUAAUGAUAUAGUCCUACUCUGUUGUUUAAAUGUGUCAGCUUUUUCCCUUGUUUAUAUGAUUUCUUGUUUGCAAAUGGAUUUUCCCCAUUUUUUUAAAUUAUUUUAAUAUCUACCAUUCAGCUCUAAUGAAAGUGCAGAAAUGUACUUAUGUAGAUUUUAACUUUUGAAAUGUUCAGUACAAAUUAGCUAAUCUCAAUAAAUAAAGCUAAUCAAUUUAUGUUGAAAAAAUAUAAGUCACUUU